AUGGAAUCUCGAAGUGAGAACGCGUCCAGCAGUGCGUCCGCACAUAUUCGUGAUCUGAAAAUCAAGCGACGGACCUUUAAGAGCCAGAUCACACAGUUCGGAAACUGGAUAGAAACAUACGCGGAUUCCCCCAAGGAGCGCGUGAAAUUGCGGGAUCGUGUCGGAAGGUUACGCAGUCAGUUUGAAACCUUCAACCGCAUCCAAGACGAACUAAGCUCGGUAGGAGAUUUUGAAGAAGAGGAAGAAGAACGGCAGACAACCACAGACCACUUCGACGACGUCAUAGCCACCGCGGUCGUUUUGCUUGAAAGGUUAGAGGCACGCGCUACACAGGUUUCACCCGCGAGCAGCAAUUCGCCAACCCCUUCUUCUUCCGCGUACGCGCUAUCGGUGAAUUUACCAAAAAUCGACCUACCGAAAUUCGACGGUCGUAUCGAAACGUGGAUAACGUUCAAGGACGCGUUUCAUACAUUAAUUCAUACGCAACCGGGGUUGAGUAACAUUCAAAAGUUACAUUAUUUACGACUCUCAUUGUCCGGAAAGGCUGAAACCGCGAUCGGAGCUUUCAGCAUCACCGAAGACAACUACGAAGCCGCGUGGAAACAUCUGAUAGAAAUUUACGAUAAUAAACGCGCGCUCGUGUUAUGUCACGCCACGCUCCUACGCGACACCCCCGCGAUGCCAGACGAUUCAUCAGAGUCGAUACGCGAUCUCGCGAAUCACAUGCAACUGCACAUCCGCUCGUUGCAAGCACUCGGUCGAUCUCCAAACGAUAUCGCGAACGAUCUAAUGGCGAGUAUUCUGAUCGCGAAGAUGGGGACCGAAACGAGAAGAUCGUGGGAGCGCACCACAUCGGACACGGAGGUAUCAAAAAUUGACGACCUCUUCAAGUUCCUUCACAACGCGUCGCACCAGUCGAAGGAGUACGGAACGGAUAACAAACGCUCGACCACAUACAGCGACGCUGUGAACAGACCGCGAGCGACCCCGACGCGCAAUCCAACCGGUUAUCCGCGAACGCAGCCACCAAUGCCAAAACGUCAAGUUUAUUUGACAAACACUGCGCGAAACACUCCGACGCCGCCAUUAUCUUCGUAUUCGCAACGACGGUCGACGCCGCCGUCAUCUCCUCGUUCGCAACGACGUUCAACCCCUUCAUCGUCUCCUCGCGUUCAACGCCGAUCAACGCCGCCGCUGGGGCCGAAACGAACGGGAUACGCCGACGCAAAAUGCCCCGUGUGCGAGGGAUCACACGCUGUAUACCAGUGUCCGCGGUUCUUAGAUGCAACGGUACCGCGUCGCGUUGAAGCCGCUCGCAUGGCACAUUUGUGUCUCAAUUGCUUGCAACCGGACCACCACACGGAAGAUUGCAAGGCCGGAAGAUGCCGUGUGUGUAACCAGCGGCAUAACACGAAGCUGCACCAGGAUCAGCAUCCGGAAACCGAAUCCUGA